AUGCCUCGCAAAGUCUCCUUCUCCGAAACGCAACUGCCCAACUUCGACAAACCUAUCCGCCCGCCCUCAAUCAGCGUCGACUUCUCCACCACCGCCCCCGAAUGCCCCGUCACUGCGGCCCGCGAGCCAGCCCGCUAUACGAACGACUACAUUGAGAAACCCGGUGUCCCGCGGGCCAACACCACCGCGUCAAUUGACCGGCCGGAUGGGGAUGAGAGCUACACCAAGCAAUUUAGUGACUUCACCCCCCUCCAGCAACAUGUCCUCUUCUGGGACCGCGACCGCGACGGCCAAAUCUACCCCUGGGACACAUAUAUCGGCUUCCGCGAGCUAGGAUUCAAUAUGCUGUUUUCCUUCCUGGCUGUUUUGAUCAUCAACCUCAACUUUUCCUAUCCGACUCGUCUAGCGCAUUCGUUUCUCCCGGAUCCGUGGUUUAGGGUAUAUGUGGAUGCGGUUCAUAAAGCUAAGCAUGGCUCCGAUAGCAAUACCUACGACCCCGAAGGACGUUUUGUUCCUCAAUCGUUCGAGAAUAUGUUCGCCAAAUAUGAUCGUGAUGGUGACGGGGCAUUGACACUCCGCGAGCUGUUUGAUAUGAUGCAUGGAAAUCGGUGCGCGGCUGAUCCAUUUGGUUGGGGAGCUGCAAUUUGUGAAUGGGGCACCACAUGGUUGCUCAUUGAGAAAGAUGGCAAAGUCUGGAAGGAAGAUGUGCGGGGGGUUUACGAUGGUUCAUUGUUUUGGAAGGUCCGCGAAGCGAACUAUUCCGGACGGGGGUGGUCGCAGGGGUUCAGACCGGGGUUGUGGAUCAAACGGACGGUGAAGGGGGUUUUGAAUGCAUAUCUGGAUGGUUAA